GAGCAGUGCGGGGCGCUCAGGCACUGGACAUAAACAAGAGUUCAAGUGCCGGGUGGACGCGCUUGCCGCUGCCCUUUUGAAAACACUUUGCGAGAGCUGCUGCCCGGGCCUGAGGCGCUGGUGCUCGCUGCUGCGCGCGCCAGGAGGGUGAAGUUGUGAGGUUCCGCGGUGGGCGGAGACAGAACGCGGAGCCUUUGCUGAAGCGACGGCACGAGGAGGAGGAGCCCGGGCAGGGGCUGCGGCGGCUGCAGGAAUCUCAUUCAUAGCUACUGUUACAUAACAAAAGGUGCGAUAUCACUUACAGACAACAGGUAGUGGCAUGUGCUGGAGGGAUCUGCAGUGUGAUUGACAUUCCAUGGUGCUUCCUCUUUAUUUUCUUCACACAGGAGAAGAGGGCUUUGCUUUCACCAUGUCAAAGAGGAUUAAUGAUGUCAUCUCUUUCCAUUGUGUUCCCCACCUGUCGUCUUGGUAGGGCCUAGCUACAGAAUGAACAUAGCAGCGGUGUUUAAUGCCCUGCUAGUGUCUGCCCUUGCAGCUGUGCUGUGGAAAUACAUCAAGCUGCGAGAGCACGUCUUCGUGGUUGAAGAAGAGCUGGUCCUCACUCGCCAGUCCCAGGAACUCUCUCAGGUCCAGAUUGACUACCAUGCGGCUCUUCAGGCCCUGGUGGAGGAUGGUACCAGGAUGGUGUGCACAGGCAGGAUGCACACGGAUCGCAUCUGCCGCUUUGAGUCCCUCUGUUACUCCACUGAGGCAGAGGAAUUUGUCUUCUUUCACAGCAACGCAUCAGUUAUGCUUCCCAACCUUGGCUCCAGGAGAUUCCAGCCUGCCUUGCUUGAUCUCUCCUCGGUGGAGGACCACAACACCCAAUAUUUCAACUUUGUGGAACUGCCAGUUGCUGCAUUGAAAUUCAUGCCAAAGCCGGUCUUUGUGCCUGACGUGGCGCUCAUCGCCAACCGAUUCAACCCAGACAACUUGAUGCACGUCUUCCAUGACGACCUCCUCCCGAUCUUCUACACCAUGCAGCAGUUCCCAGACUUGGAUCUGGAGUCACGACUCUUCUUCAUGGAGGGGUGGAGUGAAGGCCUGCACUUCGAUCUUUACAAGUUACUGAGUAACAAACAGCCACUUCUCAGAGAGCAGCUUAAAACCUUGGGCAGGCUCCUUUGUUUUACCAAAUCUUACGUAGGGCUGUCCAAAAUCACCACAUGGUACCAAUAUGGAUUUGUUCAGCCACAAGGACCAAAGGCGAACAUCUUGGUUUCUGGCAAUGAGAUCAGGCAUUUCUCCAAGUUCAUGAUGGAGAAGCUGAAUGUUAGCUUGGAAGAAAGUGCCAGUGAGGAGUAUAUUGUAGUAUUCAGUCGAACAAUCAACAGACUAAUCCUAAAUGAGGCAGAACUAAUCUUGGCACUUGCCCAGGAGUUUCAGAUGAAAACCAUUACAGUCUCCAUAGAGGACCAUUCGUUUUCUCACAUUGUACGUCUAAUCAGCAAUGCAUCCAUGCUAGUCAGCAUGCAUGGAGCCCAGUUAGUGAUGUCUCUCUUCCUGCCAAGAGGGGCCACUGUCGUGGAGCUCUUUCCUUAUGCGAUCAACCCCGAACACUAUACCCCGUACAAAACACUGUCAGCGCUCCCUGGCAUGGAUCUCCAGUACAUUGCCUGGCAGAACACUGAUCAGGAAAACACUGUAACCUUUCCUGACAGGCCAUGGGACCAGGGAGGAAUUGCUCACUUAGACAAGGCAGAGCAAGAACGCAUAAUGAAGAGCAAGGAGGUUCCACGCCACCUCUGCUGUCGGAACCCGGAAUGGCUUUUCCGUGUCUACCAGGAUACAAGAGUCGACAUCCCUUCCCUUAUCCAGGUGAUCAGGCAAAUGGUGAAAUUAAAGCCUGGACCCAAGAAGCAGAAGUGGACUAGUGGUCUGUACCCUGGAAAGGUUAGGGAUGCUAAGUGUCAAGCCUCUGUCCAAGGUACUAGUGAAGCGAAGCUCUCGGUGUCUUGGCAGAUCCCCUGGAACCUUAAGUACCUGAAGGUCAGGGAGGUGAAAUAUGAAGUGUGGAUACAGGAGCAAGGUGAAAACACUUACAUGCCUUAUAUUUUGUCACACCAGAAUCACACCUUUUCAGAAAACAUUAAGCCAUUCACGAUAUAUCUGGUGUGGAUCCGCUGCAUCUUCAACAAAAAUCUCCUUGGACCUUUUGCAGAUGUGCUCUUGUGUAGUACGUAACCCACUCUCUCUUUCUCAUGUGUCGAGUCCUUCCGUGCACCCCACCCCAUCAGUGGUUUUAAAAACCUGUUGUCCUGUAGUUUUUUUUAGAGGACUGAAGAGGACCAGACCAUGCCAAUUCCUAAGUGCCCAUUUGAUUGUAUUUAAUGUGUGAAUUCUCUAGGUGGCAUUUAUUUCCAUUUGGUGUAAGAGCUCUCUGUUCCUGAAAGUAACCUCCAGAAAUGAAAUUACAAGCUGAAUACCUGUAAUUUGAAAAGCAGAAUGGAAGUGAAUCGUGUAAUUUGCUAGUGAUUUGAAUCUUUCUGUCGUGCAGUGAGUAUUUAAGUGCAACGUUAAACUACAAUUAUAUGGAUAGGUGGACAAUUGUCAUCGUCUUUCCCCAUUAUAACUUAUUUUUAAAAGCUGUAUCUGUAACUCAAGUACAGGAUUUGGUACAAGAGUAUUCAUUAAAUUAUUGUAAACCCCUUCAA